CUCCAAUUUCAUAUCCGAAACCCCCAAAAUCAACGCAAUGCAGCAAAAUUCACGUUCCUUGAUUUUCUUCCUUUCCCUCGUCUUCUUCCCUCUCAUAUUCUCCGACGCCAGAAAGGCGAACUUCACCGGAGGAUGGUCGCCGAUCCAGAACAUCACGGAUCCGCACGUGUCUGAGAUCGCGGAGUUCGCCGUCGGCCAGUAUAACAAUGAAUCAAAGGCGAGUUUGAAGUUGGAGAAGGUGCUCAAAGGAGAGACUCAGGUCGUUUCCGGGACGAACUACCGCCUGGUUCUGAAGGCCAAGGAUGGAGCGGCGGAGAAGACGUACGAGGCCGUCGUGUGGGAGAAACCAUGGCAGAAUUACAAGAAUCUUACCUCCUUUGAUCUUGUCAAGGGUUAGAGUUGACGUAUAAUAUAUAUGAUAUGUGUUUAUGUAUGUCAUUAUGUUGGUUUAUGUCCAACCCCGACGUUUACUUAACUAAGUGGGGAAUAAAAUUUUAAGUAAUCUAUGUUUAUGUGUUUUGCGA